GCGAGAUGGAGGCUCUUAUUAAAAGGCUAAAGCUUUGAGUUUAAGUCUGAGAAUACACUUAUUUGAUCUUUAGUCUUUUAUUAUAAGUGACCACGUGUCAUUUAUGAAUGUCUUCAUUGAUUUCAUUCAAUUGCAGAAUCAAAGCACUGGAUAACAAUGGCUAUGAUGGGCAAGGCUAAAGAAGCAGGGGUUCCAUUGAUGAAGCUGGUUAAGUUGAGAGGGAUGCCUAUUUUGCAGCAAUUGCAUUUAGAGGAACGGCUGCUUCGAACCAGUUCAGAUAAUUGGUGCCUUAUUAAUGAUGGAACCAGUUCCCCUGCCAUUGUAAUGGGCUUAUCUGGGAAACUUUCAGAACUUGUUGAUGUCAAGUCUGUGUUGCGAGAUCAUAUACCCAUCAUCAGAAGGUUCACUGGGGGAGGAACUGUUAUUGUUGAUCAUGACACUAUAUUUGUUACCCUGAUAUGCAAUAAAGAUGCUGUUUCAAAUGUGCAACCCUUUCCCCGCUCCAUCAUGUCGUGGAGUGGUCUAUUAUACAGUGAAGUUUUUGAAGGGCUUUCUGAUUUCCAUCUCCGUGAGAAUGAUUAUGUGUUUGGCGAUCACAAGUUUGGUGGUAAUGCUCAAUCUAUAACCAAGCACCGGUGGAUACACCACACAUCUUUUUUAUGGGAUUAUGAGGUCAAGAACAUGUCUUAUCUCAAGUUACCAGCAAAGGCUCCUAAGUAUCGAUUAACAAGAAGUCACACAGAUUUUGUUUGUCGAAUGAAGGAGUAUUUGCCAAGAUCAGAAUUUAUAGAGAGAACUAUUAAGGCGAUUGGAACCCAAUUUUCUGUGAAAUCCAUUAGCUUGGAGUCCAUAGAAGUUCCCCAUGUUUCUGAAUACGUUCAUACCACUAAGCUUCUCACAGGACAGGAAAUUCAGGAAGCAUGCACUAUGGAAACUUGAAAAAGUAGUUACAGAGGGAUUGAAUUCAUAUCUAUUUGGGAAUUGAAGAUAUUGCUGUGGAGAU